UAGAAAAAGCAAAGAGAGAAGAAGACAACAAACAAGUGAGCACAAAAGCUUCCUCUUUUUCUCUCUCACUCCUCUUCAAUGUCUCUCUCUCUCUCUAGAAGAAGUUGCCCUUUCCUGGUGGUGCCUAUCCUCUGCCUUUACUAGUCGUCUCUCUCUAGUCUUUUGCUUAUUCAAGAUGGAGAUUUCAUCGCCUGCGUAAAAUCGUUUAUAGUUAACUCUUCUUCUCAUCCCAGAGAUCUUUCUCCGAAGAUCUAAGAUCUAGUGUUUUUGAAGUGGAGUAGUAGUAGUAGCUGAAACACUUAAUCUCUUGUGUUCUGGAGCAAGCAUGAUGCAGAGACCACCUCCUGAAGAUUUCUCCUUGAAGGAGACGAGACCACAUCUCGGCGGUGGGAAAGUAACUGGGGACAAGCUCACCAGCACUUAUGACCUCGUUGAGCAGAUGCAGUAUCUCUACGUCCGCGUGGUCAAAGCCAAGGAGUUACCCGGUAAAGACUUAACCGGUAGCUGCGACCCUUACGUGGAGGUUAAGCUAGGAAACUACAAAGGAACCACGCGGCAUUUCGAGAAGAAGUCAAACCCUGAGUGGAACCAAGUCUUCGCUUUCUCCAAAGACAGGAUCCAAGCUUCUUUCCUUGAAGCUACUGUUAAAGACAAGGACGUUGUGAAAGACGAUUUGAUUGGUCGGGUGGUGUUUGAUCUGAACGAGGUGCCUAAGAGAGUUCCUCCCGACAGUCCCUUGGCGCCUCAGUGGUACAGGCUUGAAGACAGGAAAGGAGAGAAAGUCAAGGGAGAGCUGAUGCUUGCUGUUUGGUUCGGUACACAAGCUGAUGAAGCUUUCCCUGAAGCUUGGCAUUCAGACGCUGCGACGGUUAGUGGAACCGACGCUCUUGCCAACAUCCGCUCCAAGGUUUACCUCUCUCCCAAACUUUGGUACCUAAGGGUUAACGUAAUCGAAGCUCAAGAUCUGAUACCGAGUGACAAAGGGAGAUACCCUGAGGUUUACGUCAAAGCUAUAGUGGGGAACCAAGCGCAGAGGACGAGAGUGUCACAAAGCAGGACUAUUAACCCCAUGUGGAAUGAAGACUUGAUGUUUGUAGCAGCUGAGCCCUUCGAGGAGCCUUUGAUUUUAAGUGUUGAAGACAGAGUUGCUCCGAACAAAGACGAAGUCUUGGGGAGAUGCGCGAUCCCGUUGCAGUAUCUAGACAGGAGGUUUGACCACAGGCCUGUGAACACCAAGUGGUAUAACCUCGAGAAGCAUAUCAUGGUCGAUGGAGAGAAGAAAGAGAUCAAGUUCGCUAGCAAGAUUCACAUGAGGAUAUGUUUGGAAGGAGGAUACCACGUUCUUGAUGAGUCUACGCAUUACAGCAGUGAUCUUAGACCGACGGCUAAGCAGCUCUGGAAGCCUAACAUCGGUGUGUUGGAGCUGGGGAUACUUAACGCGACUGGUCUGAUGCCUAUGAAGGCUAAAGACGGUCGUGGAACUACAGAUGCGUACUGUGUGGCGAAGUAUGGACAGAAGUGGAUUCGAACAAGGACUAUCAUCGACAGCUUUACACCGAGGUGGAAUGAGCAAUACACUUGGGAGGUUUUUGAUCCGUGCACAGUUGUUACCGUUGGGGUCUUUGAUAACUGCCAUCUCCAUGGAGGUGAGAAGAACGGUGGAGGAAAGGAUUCAAGAGUUGGUAAGGUGAGAAUCCGGCUCUCUACUCUGGAAACUGAUCGUGUCUACACGCACUCAUACCCUCUCUUGGUGCUUCAUCCUAACGGAGUCAAGAAGAUGGGAGAGAUCCACUUAGCUGUGAGGUUCACUUGCUCUUCAUUACUCAACAUGAUGCAUAUGUACUCACUCCCUCUCUUACCUAAGAUGCAUUACAUCCAUCCAUUGACGGUUAGCCAGCUUGAUAACCUGAGGCACCAAGCGACUCAGAUUGUGUCAAUGAGGCUUACAAGAGCAGAGCCGCCUCUAAGGAAAGAAGUGGUUGAGUACAUGCUUGAUGUUGGCUCUCACAUGUGGAGCAUGAGGAGAAGCAAAGCGAACUUCUUCAGGAUCAUGGGGGUGUUGAGCGGGUUGAUAGCAGUGGGGAAGUGGUUUGAACAGAUCUGCAACUGGAAGAAUCCAAUCACAACGGUGUUGAUCCAUCUCCUGUUCAUCAUCCUUGUCCUCUACCCUGAGCUCAUCUUGCCGACCAUCUUCCUCUACCUCUUCCUUAUCGGUGUUUGGUACUACCGUUGGAGACCGAGGCAUCCUCCGCACAUGGACACGCGUCUCUCUCACGCUGACUCAGCUCACCCUGACGAGCUGGACGAAGAGUUUGAUACUUUCCCUACUUCGAGACCCUCUGAUAUUGUCAGGAUGAGGUAUGAUAGGCUGAGGAGUAUCGCUGGGAGGAUUCAGACUGUGGUUGGUGAUCUUGCAACUCAAGGAGAAAGGCUUCAGUCUCUGCUGAGCUGGCGUGAUCCGCGUGCAACUGCGCUGUUUGUUCUGUUCUGUUUGAUUGCUGCAGUUGUUCUCUAUGUGACUCCGUUUCAGGUUGUGGCUCUUUUGGUUGGGAUCUAUGUGCUGAGACAUCCAAGGUUUAGGUACAGGCUACCGUCAGUUCCUCUCAAUUUCUUCAGGAGGCUUCCUGCAAGAACUGAUUGCAUGCUCUGAUGAGCUCAAAGAUAAACUGCCACCUCUCUCUCUCUCUCUCUCUCCCUUGGAUCUUCCUUCUCAUCUUGAAGAAACUUCCUCUAGAAUUGUUAAUUUGUUUUUUGUUGAAGUGUCAUGAAUCUUUAUCUUGGUGGUUAUUAUCAUGUUUCAUUUCGUUUAUAACAUUAUCAAGACUUUUGUUUGAUUGUAGUAAAUCAAUAUCUGUGUGAUUUUGAUGUUC